CACUCUUCGCUCUGUUUUUCUUUUACUUUGUAAAGCUUGCAAUUUUCCUACAUAUUUUUCCAAGAAAAUUUGUGGGUUUUGUUCCAUAUUUGUUGAUUUUGUUAGUAGAGUGAGAUGGCAAGAAACGGUAUGUUUUCACGGCGGCGUAGGGCGGAGAAGGUGGAGUUUGAUGAGUUGUUGCCGUUAACGGAGGCUACUCAUGAAGUUCAUGUUCUUGCUGUUGAUGAUAGUCUUGUGGACAGAAUAGUCAUUGAACGUCUCCUCAAAAUUACAUCUUGCAAAGUGACUACUGUGGAUAGUGGGAUGAGAGCUUUGAAAUAUCUUGGAUUGGAUGAAGAAGAGAGCUCUGUUAGCAUUGAUGGUUUGAAGGUGGAUCUGAUAAUUACAGAUUAUUGUAUGCCUGGAAUGACUGGCUAUGAUUUGCUCAAAAAGAUUAAGGGUUCAUCAUUUAGGGAAGUUCCAGUUGUAAUCAUGUCUUCUGAAAAUGUUUUGGCUAGAAUUGACAGAUGUCUGGAAGAAGGCGCUGAAGAUUUCCUAUUGAAGCCGGUGAAAUUGGCGGAUGUAAAACGUUUGAAGAGUUACAUGUUCAACGAGGAUCGAUUUAGGGGUGAAGAAAAAGGAAUGAACAAGAGAAAGUUGCCAGAAUCAUCGUCCGAUGAUUCAUCACCCCCAACACUCUCACCUUCACCAUCAUCCUCGCCAUCAUCACUUGACCUCUCAUCAACACCUUCACCGCCAUCCACUUCCUCCCCAUCAUCCCCUAAGGCAUUUUCGUCAUCCCUCUCUACUGAUUCACCUACACAUUCCACUGAUUCUUCCAUGCCCUCUUUGGCAACAUCACCCGGUUCACCAACAAGACGACUCAAAAUGAACAACCAAGAUUUGUGACGGUAUAUAUAUAUCUUUUAUGUAUUUUACUUUCCUUUUUGCUACUUCUGGGGUUGUCUAAGCUCCCCUCCAUCGUCGGGGCAUACAAUGUAGACAAGCCAAUUGCCCCCUUACUAGCGAGGUUUUUUGUUGGCUUGUCACUUUUUUCGGACACAUAUCGAUGAUAUCAUCGUUUAAUCACACAAGGUUUUACGAAGAUAUGUUCAAAGUUGAUUUUAGACACUGUCGAAAUCAACAUUUUCUUCAAUUUUAAUAUCUUUUUCCUUAUUAUAUUUUUACUAUUUGGCAUUAGUAAUAUUAAUGUAUCCAAUUCAAUAUGAUAGAUAGAGAGAAUGGUUGGAAUUGAAUAAUGGGAUAUGGAUUGAUAUGAUUCUGAUACGAUCUUUAUUAAAUGUCAAUUCUUGUCUGCUAAAAA